AUGAAAACGACCGCCAAACCGGUCCCACCGCCCCCCGCCAAACCUCCGAUUCCGCACACCCAAAUCGAUUCCCUCACAAUAACGCACCACACCCAUUUCCGACGCUACCUCACAACCCACACGCUUCCCCCCUCCCCCCCGCCCUCCCUCACUCUCCUCGACAAGCUCUCCCGCAUCUCCUCCGAGAAGUUCUCUCAGCUCUGCACCGACAUCCACGACGAGCUGCGGCGGCGGCAGUACAUCGAAGCCAUCGAGACCUCUGGGGAUGGCAGCGGGAAGGGCAAGACGCCCGCGACGGUCGAGGGGUUGCCGGGGGUGCAUCCCAGAAGAAAUGGUGCUAGACGGCAGCUCGGGGGGUUGAGUGAGAGGAGAUUUGGCUGGUUGGUUAGGGACGUGGGGGGGGAGAUGGGGGGUGGCCGGGGAUUGGCGGGGGGGGGGGGGGGGGGCGGAGGGAGGGAGGGGAAGGCUAGGGGCGGACGGUGA